AUGUCGUCUGCGGCAGCGACCAGAUUUCUUAACUCUGAUGUCCUUCUAAAGGACUUGGAGGACCAGAACUGGUUCAAGGAAAAUAUUCCUAUGCUUGAAGUCCCUGAUAAAGCAAUACAAGAGGUCUACUACUACCGCUGGCAGACCUACAAGGAGCAUCUUGUCUACACUGGAGCUCAGUAUGGUUACAUGGCUAGCGAGUUCCUAAGCCCUGUCAGCUAUGGAGCGCCCUAUGGCGGCAUUGUAGCUGCCGCAGGACACCACAUCACGGAAGGGCGAUGGCUACGCCACACCAAAUACGGGCAGGAUGUUGCCAAUUAUUGGCUCUCGGGUCCCGGGCAGUUCCCUAAGCCGAUGAAGGAGGAUGUCAACAAAGAUACCUCUGACUGGGCCCACGAGUACAGCUUCUGGGCCGCUAGCGCAUUAUGGAAGCAUUACCUCGUUACGGGUGACCGCGAGUUUAUCGUUGGCCAACUCGAGAACCUUGUCAAACAAUAUCGAGGUUGGGACAGUCACUACGAUGAGUCUCUGGGCUUGUACUGGCAGGUUCCCGUUUGGGAUGCUACAGAGUAUACGGCUGCUUCAUACGAGUCCAGUGAUCCGUAUCAUGGAGGAGCUGGCUUUCGACCCACGAUUAAUGCUUAUCAGUAUGGUGAUGCGUGGGUGAUAUCGCAAAUUUCUGCUCUACGGGGUGACACAAAGUUGGAGGAUGAAUACCGAAAACGUUCUGAGAGUCUCCGAACCUCCCUACAAAAGCUUCUUUGGGAUGGCAACGACGAAUUCUACAAGCAUCGUGCUCGUGACAACAACCCUUCUGGCAAAUUGCUGAGCACCAGAGAAAUCAUGGGGUAUCUUCCCUGGACGUUCAACAUGCCCAGUGACGACACUGGGCUCGUUGCAUUUUCCCAGCUCAAAGAUUCACAGGGAUUCUCGGCCAAGUAUGGUCCAACAACAAUUGAGCGACGAAGCAAGUGGUUCAUGCAUGAAGCGGAGAAUUGCUGUCGCUGGGAUGGUCCAUCGUGGCCGUUUGCUACCGCACAAACUCUGACCGCAGUUGAGAAUGUUCUGAACGACUAUCCUGCACAGAGAUACGUUACUUCCUCUGAUUAUUUUGACAUGAUUCAAUGGUACGCCAAGACACAGUACAGAAAUGGCAAACCCUAUGUUGCCGAGGCACACCAUCCUGACACAGAUGAAUGGAUCUAUGAUGGCGAGAACCACAGCGAAGACUACAAUCACUCUACGUUCAUCGACAAUGUCCUAGCCGGUCUUAUAGGUCUCCGAGCACAGCCUGACGAUACGAUCAUCGUCAAUCCCCUGGCUCCUGUAUCCUGGGAUCACUUUGCCGUUGAGAACGUAGCUUAUCACGGUCAUUCCAUCACGAUUCUUUGGGAUAAAACCGGUUCAUACUACAACCGAGGCAAAGGUUUGCAGGUUUUCGUUGAUGGGGAGCUUUCUAAUAGGCGCGACACGAUCGGAUCUCUCAAGGUUCACCCUACCGCUGCUUUUUCCGUCAAUAUCGCAGCCAACAGUCAGAGAUUCCCUCAGCUCACCACUGCUUUCGCUUCGUAUACCUCACCUUAUGAUCACCCUAUGAGAGCUAUCGAUGGCAUCGUAUGGCGAACUGGAAUCCCACAGAACAGUCGCUGGACUUCAUACAAGAGUCCGAAUCCAUCAGACUACUUCGGAGUUGAUCUACGCAGAGCUCAACUCGUGUGCAAUGUUCGACUAUUCUUUUAUGACGAUGGCGACGGUGUGCGCCUUCCAUCAGCGUAUGACCUUCAGUAUAAGAGAGGUAAUACUUGGGUGACUAUCCCUGGACAGGUUCGCGGUCCAAUGCCAACUACCUCAAAUGUUGAAACUGAGAUAGCCUUCCCUGGCAUAUCAACUUCUCAAAUUCGCGUUGUUGCGCCUAAUGCUGGAUCAGGUGUCGGCUGGGGACUGUCAGAGCUUCAAAUUUGGACACAGGCCAUUUUCCACAUCCGCAACGAGAACAGCGGCAAGCUCAUGGGCGUGGAGAAUAAAUCUACCGCCAAUAGAGCCAAAAUACAACAGUCCGAAAGUAGCGACUCCCGGGAUCUGCUUUGGGAGUUUCUUCCAAGCGCUGGUGGAUGGUGGAAGCUUAAAAACUUGAACAGCGGGCUCCUGCUAGCCGUUGAAGGAGCAUCAACAGCUAACAGCGCAAAACUCCAACAAUUCGAGGACAAUGGCACUGAGGAUCAUUUAUGGAGGGUUGAGUCAAAGGGAGAUGGUCUUUUCUUGAUGUGGAAUAAAAAUAGCCGCAAGGUUGUUGGCGUUGACCGCAUGCUGACAGCCGAUGGUGCCCAUGUCGUUCAGUAUGAGAAUAGUGGCACUAAAGAUCAUCUAUGGAGUCUAUCGCCAGCUUCUGUGGAAGACUGUUCUAACGUAUCAUUAUGA